ACUCCCGUGAGUCAUUAUUCCUUGUGGUCCUAAAACAAAAACACACUCAUGGAUUGAUCGAUCAACUACAUACAACUCUAAAUUGCUCACUUCCACAUUCAAUGCGAACAAGCAGCCAUGGCAGACCUCUGUGAUUUGCAGGUCCAUAUUAAUGGUCAACAGACAUUCUAUCUCCACGAGAAAACGAUAUCAAGAUUCUCUGGGAAGUUAAGGAAGAUCAUCAAGAAAGAGAAGAGACGAACCCAGAUCAGAAAAACGGGAAUCGAGAUCAAUGAUUUCCCUGGUGGCUCUGAUGGGUUUGAAUUGGUUUCGAGAUUCUGUUACAACAAUGGCGAGAUCAAUAUCUCGGUUUCCAACGUUUCUCUCCUCCAUUGUUGUGCGGUGUUCUUGGCCAUGAAUGACACCCUCUUGCCCAAAACCACCGACCUUUUCAACCGGAUGUUCGACUGGUCUUGGGACGACGUCGUUGUCUGUCUCAAGAACUGCGAAUCCUUCAUUUCUUACGCUGAUUCUUUCGGCAUCAUCGAGAAACUCAUCUCAGCUCUCAUCAUCAAAAUCACACAAAACUCAGAUUCCACCACUUUAUUCCCAUCUUCAUCUUCUUCAUCUUCUCCAGAUAGUACUGUAAAAUCCAAUUCUUUGUUAAGACUCUCAUCUUGUUCUUCAAGCAAAGGGCUAUGGUGGUUCGAUGAUAUGACAAUUUUGCCCCCAGCCAUCGUAGAACGAUUCGUGAAAGCCCUAGGUGCCUACCGCCAUGAAAACACCAGUUUACCCCUCACAAGAUUCCUCCUCCAUUACUUAAAAACCGCAUCUCAGUCAAAAAUGCCAUCUUUUUCGAGGUGCGAGUAUGGUGGACUUGCAGACACCGCCGUCCACGGCGUGGUUUUGAUCGGAAAAUCCGCGUUUUCUUGCAGAGGAUUGUUUUGGGUUUUAAGAAUCGUUUCAAGUUUUGGGAUGAGUAGAGAAUGUCGGGGUGGAUUGGAGAGAUUGAUCGGUGGGAUGCUUGAUCAAGUAAAAGUGGAUGAUUUGCUGGUGAGCAAUAAUGGAUCAAGUGGUGUGUAUGAUGUGAAUCUUGUGCUGAGGUUGAUCAGAGAAAGCAAUAAAGUAGAGGGGGUAUGUUUGGAAAGAAUGAAAAAGGUCGGGGGGUUAAUUGAUAAAUAUUUAGGGGAGAUUGCACCAGAUCAGAACUUGAAGAUUUCAAAGUUUUUGGGUGUUGCAGAGAGUCUACCAGAUUGUGCAAGAGAUUGCUUUGAUGGGGUCUACAAAGCCAUUGACAUAUACCUUGAGUCGCACCCAUGUUUAUCGUUGGAAGAGCGGUCAAGGCUAUGCAGGUGCUUGAAUUACGAGAAGCUAAGCUUGGAAGCAUGCAAAGACCUAGCCAAGAACCCUAGGAUCCCACCAAGGAUCGCGGUUCAAGCACUCAUGUCACAACAUUCCAACAUACCCAGUGCCGAUCAGCAAGACUACUACAUAAACGACCAUGAUCAUGAUCGCAGCAUCCCAUUGACCAAAAGCAGCCGGGAACUGAUGGUGCUGUAUAAUAAGAACGACCAUUAUAAUUUCGAGUCUGCAGACCAUGGGUCGGUGAGCAGCUCUCGAUACGAACAUGAUCCACAGAAAGAGGUGGUGGAGGAUCAUGGUGUUGUGAAACUAAACCUGCAAAAGAUGCAAUGGAGGGUGGUGGAGUUGGAGAAGGUUUGUAGGGAGAUGAAGGGUCAGAUGUCUAGGAUGGUUAAGGGUGAUCAAGGCAUCAUGUCAAGGUCUUCUAAUGGUAGACCAUUGCCCAGAUUGUGUUGACCCUUUUUGGGUUUUCUUUUUUCCAUCUUUUUUUUUGUCUCGUAUAAGAAUGUGUUAUGAGUGUGAUUUUAUGUAUAUUAAUUGCUUCAAAUCCGGGUUUGGUCAAUUGGUUUCCAUGCAGAACCGGUUAUAAAGCUCAUAUGAUAGCUUUAUGCUUACGCAAUCCGAAAAUCAAA